CAUCCCUUCGCCUGCCCUGCCUGCCCACCUUCGAGUGACCUCGAUUAUUCUGUUCGCUCUCGCCCAAGUCAUCGUCUGGUCGUCGCCCGCAGACGCCCGGGGGGCCGCCAUGGCCGCGUCGGAUCUGGAGAGCAAGGCCAAGGAGGCCUUCGUCGACGACGACUUCGAGCUGGCCGCCGAGCUCUACACCCAGGCCAUCGACGCGGGGCCCGCCACCGCCGAACUCUACGCCGACCGCGCCCAGGCGCACAUCAAGCUCGGCAACUACACUGAGGCUGUGGCGGAUGCUAACAAAGCAAUUGAACUUGAUCCUACGAUGCAUAAAGCCUACUACCGGAAAGGUGCUGCAUGCAUUAAGCUUGAAGAAUACCAAACUGCAAAGGCUGCUCUUGAGUUGGGUUCUUCCUAUGCAUCAGGCGAUUCAAGGUUUACUCGUCUAUUGAAAGAAUGUGAAGAGCGCAUUGCUGAGGAAUCUAGCCAGGCUCCAGCAAAGAAUGUUGAGCCUCCUGUGGCUGCUGCUGCUGCUACUGUUGAGGACAAGGAGGAUGUCGCAAAUAUGGAGAAUACACCGCCAGUGGUAGAACCCCCAAGCAAACCUAAAUACAGGCAUGACUACUACAACAGUGCCACAGAAGUGGUUUUGACAAUAUUUGCUAAGGGUGUUCCCGCUGAUAGUGUAGUCAUUGAUUUUGGUGAACAGAUGUUAAGUGUGUCCAUUGAAGUCCCUGGUGAAGAACCAUACCAUUUUCAGCCCCGUCUGUUUGCUAAGAUUAUCCCUGAGAAAUGCAAAUAUCAAGUCUUGUCCACCAAGGUCGAAAUACGCCUUGCAAAAGCUGAGCAGGUGACAUGGACAACCCUGGAUUAUAGCGGAAGACCAAAGGCUGUUCCCCAGAAGAUAAGCACGCCAGCUGAAACAGCCCCAAGACCUUCAUACCCAUCUUCAAAGGCAAAAAAAGACUGGGAUAAACUGGAAGCUGAAGUCAAAAAGGAGGAGAAGGAAGAAAAACUUGAUGGUGAUGCUGCAUUGAACAAAUUCUUCCGUGACAUCUACAAGGAUGCUGAUGAAGAUAUGCGGAGGGCCAUGAUGAAGUCAUUCGUGGAAUCUAAUGGCACUGUUCUCUCAACCAAUUGGAAAGAUGUUGGAUCAAAGAAGGUGGAAGGGAGCCCUCCUGAUGGUAUGGAGCUCAAGAAGUGGGAAUACUAAAGUUCGGACUUGCCCGUCUUUUGUAAAUCCAGGUCUUUGGAAAUUAUGAUCUAGUAACGUCCACCCAUUUGGGUGCUGAGCUUGGUUAAAGUCUUCUGCUUUUUGUAAGCUUUCUGUAUGACAGUCUAGCGUGUCUGAGUGCUGCUUGCCGUAGUUUUUGAUGGACAUAUCAUGGUAUGCUAUUCUGUGGUAUCAACAUCUGUGGUAACAAAGACAGUAAAACUAUAAUCUGUGGAAUGCCUAUUCUUUUUGGUCUAAAGAUGUUUUUCUUGUUAGCAAAGCCA